CGUGAAUACACUGCGAAGCUUAGAUCCCAUAGGUCGUAACGGAGGAGGGGGCGUGGCCGGAAGGGGGCGUGGCCAUAGCUGGAAGCGGAAGCGUUGAGCGCGGAAUGGAGGCUGUGGGCGAGAGGGUGCUGCUGGAGGUCACGGGGGUCUCGAUCCACCCCAGGCUCCGCCCCUGCCCCCCCCACCGCGACGGGCUCGUGAGGGGGCGGCUGCGCGUGCUCGAGGGGGCCGAUGGGCUCGUGCUGCACUGGGAGCCCCUUGAGGCGCCGGGGGAGGCCCCCGAGGACACGGAAGGGGCGGAGCCACCGGACCCUGGCUAUGAACCUGAUUGGGCCGUUCUGAGCCCCCCCCGGCCCCGCCCCCAGGCCCCUGGCUGGGGGUGGGGCUUCCGCCUGGCGCUGGGGGAGCUGUGGGGGCUGCGCUGGGGCCCCCCCGGGCUCCGCCCCCCCUUCCUGGUGCUGCUGCCCCGGGGGGGGCCCUGCCCCUCCCCCUCCCCCUGCCCCCCCCCCUUGCACUUCCCGCGGGGGGGGGGCCGGAAGCUGCUGCAGCUCCUGGGACCCCGCUUGAGGCCGCAUCCCCAUGACCCCCGCUUGUUCCUGGUGGACCCCCCCGAAGAGGUGGGGUCAGGCCCCUCCCCCGGCCUUGUUGCUCGCCUGUUGCAGGGUCCCUAUGCAGCCACCAUGGGGGGCCUGAGCCGGCUGCUGGGGGGUGGGACUCCCCGAGGCCCCGCCCCCGGCGAGGAGGAGGAGGCGGAGCCAGAGCCGCCCUUUGAGGUCAUCGCCUGUGUGAGGCUGGGGCCCCGCCCCUUCCCCGCGCGGGGGCCACCGGUGACACAGGAGGAAUGGGGGCGGAGCCACGACGCCGAGGGGCGGAGCCUGGACCCCGAGGGGCUGCGGGCGCGGAUCUUCCGCGGGGGGCUCAGCCCCGAGGUUCGCCCCCAGGGCUGGAGGCUGCUGCUGGGGGGGGGCAGCGAGGACCCCAUGGAGAGGAGGGCCUCCUAUUUCCGCAUGAAGCUCCAAUGGCGCUCGCUGAGCCCGGGGCAGCUGCAGAGGAACCGGCUCCUGCGGCGCUACCGGCACCGCCUGGAGCGGGACCUCCACCGGUGCCACCGGCACUCCUCCAGCCAGCAGAGGGCGCUGUUGCACGACGUGCUCAUGACGUACUGCAUGUACCACUUCGACCUGGGGUACGUGCGGGGCAUGAUCGAGCUCCUCCCCCCCCUCCUGAGCGUGAUCCCCGACGAGGCCGAGGCCUUUUGGGGGUUCAGCAGCGUCAUGGAGCUGGUGGGGAGCAGCUUUGGGCCAGGCCAGGAGAGGCUGAAGCAGCAACUGGGAGAAGUGGGGCAGUUACUGGGGGUGCUGGAGCCACGACUGGAGGCCUGGGGUACCCGGAGCUGCUCCCGAUGGCUCCAGCUCCGCUUCCAGCCCCUGCUGGGGCCUGAGGGGACCAAGAGGAUGUGGGAGGGCCCGUGGUUGGAUCCGGAUCUUGUGCUGAGCCGGGCUGAGGGGUUCCUGCUGCAGCUGAAGGCAGCGCCUGACCUGCCCCAAUCACUGCGGGAGCUGCUGGGAUUGGGGGAGCCCCCCCCAAGCCCCCCCCCGGACACCAGUGGGGACCCCCCCCCAGCACCGUGAUGUGGGGGGGCCCCCCCCC